UCAUCUACUUCGGAACAUGUCUAGCGAAAAAAUGUGUUCUAACAAUGAAGAAAUGAUGCCUUCUCAUUCCUUCCACUCUUUUGACAAAAGGCGACAACCGAGAAGAUCGAAAAUUCAAGUUCACAGGUUAGCAAGCCCUUUCAUCAGGAGGAGAGGUGAGCAAAACGUGGAGAAGGACAUGGAACUACAGAACUGGAAGCUGUACUUUGUGAACCGAACUAUCAUUGAAGAGAAUGAGAAGUUGAGGAAGAAAGCUAAUCUUCUCCAUCAGGAGAACUUGGCCUUAAUGCUGGAAUUCCAGAAAAAGUUCCCUCAUCUACGUCACAACCCAGCAGUUGAUUUCACAUGUGCAAUCGAGGGCUGAUAUUGAAGGAUGCACCCUAUUAUGAUAAUUAAGCAUGGUAGAGGCUGAUAAAAAUGAAAGAUUAUGCUAUAAAGCAAGUGAGUUAGUGUAAUUGUUCAAGGUAGAUAUGUUAUCCAGUCAUUGCCGUAUGUAUGAACCCCUCCCCUUAUGCUGGAUGCUGCCUCCUGAACUUAUAAACUACUCUUAGAGAUGGACUUUCACCAUAGUCAGAAUCUAUGCAGCUUGAUGUGCAGACAACUGAGUUCGUUGCAGUUUCAAUCUGGGGUAAUCAUGAUAUAGUUCAGUUUUUCAAUUUUCUAA